AGGCUAGGCUCUCAAAGAAAACCUUACAAGGAACGGAAGAGCCAUCCUGGACGCCUCUCCUUGCAUGGCAUGCACUCCAAGCAACACAAAAAUUGUACUCAUCAUAGGGCCACCAAAUAAUCUAAACUUGGGACACUCCACAUUUGUUUGUGCCACUAGUAAGUGCAUGCAUGGCACUCGUCGUGCUCGUAAGACUAGCUCUGUGGCUUCUGGGCUCCUGCCUGGAGCUCGCCGCCCUAGUGCUCUUCCGGGGCCUGGCCCUGCUCGUCGUCGCCGCCGUGGACUUGGUCAGGCUGCCGGGGCAGGCGGCAGAUGCGGCGCUCGAUGCGACCAAGGGCGUGCUCGAAGCGGCGGUCGAGUUCGUCUUCAACCUAGUCUGGGACGUGGCAGUGGACGUCGUCUCAGCGUUUCUCGAGUCGCUCUGGAGCGUGGUGGCCGGCACGGCGGAGUUCGCCGCGUCUACGGUUGUGGAGCUCAUGGAGGCAGCACGGGAUGGCAGCGAGGAGGCGGCGAAGGCGCUCACGGAGGUGCUGGAGGGCGCGGCGGAUGCGGUGGCCGGGACGCUGGUGAAGCUCGCGGAGAACUACACGGAUGCUCUUGUGCACCUCUUGCAGAAUCUCAUCUGAUGGUACGACAUAAUGCAUACGCCGGGCCACUCAUGUACUAUUGUACAUAGAUAUAGAUGUCAUUUGUUUUUGUCACUCGCCGAAUUUUCACGGAGUAAGGUGCAAACAUUCUUUUUUUUUUUCAUUUGGGGCGAAAUAUUCAUAUUGUUCACGUGAAAUUUAUGGAGGUUCACGUGUUAUAGUGUGUUUCAGA